AUGGUAGCCCCGGCUCUGGAAAGCAUCGCAGUCGACUUUAAGAUAACAGAUGACGUACUGCUGGAGCUGACCUUAUCUACGUUUGUGUUGGCAUACGCAGUUGGGCCACUUUUUCUAGGGCCAUUGUCUGAGAUCUAUGGCAGGAAGAUCAUACUGCAGCUCACAAAUCUGUUCUACAUUGUCUUUAACAUUGCAUGCGGUGUCUCUAAAUCGACUGCGCAGAUGAUCGCGUUUCGCUUCCUCGCCGGAAUCGGGGGAAGUGCACCGCUGGCGAUCGGCGGUGGUGUUCUUGGGGACUGCUUUCGUCCUGAAGAGCGUGGAAAAGCACUCGCUAUCUAUGGUCUAGCUCCUCUGCUAGGCCCUGCAAUCGGGCCAAUAGCCGGGGGUUUCAUUGCAGAGAACACUACAUGGCGAUGGGUGUUCUACGCAACUUCCAUCACAGCAGGAUUCAUUCAAGUCGCUGGGUUUUUAUUCCUACCGGAGACCUACGCUCCGGUGAUUCUAGGCAAUAAAGCCAAAAAGCUUCGAAAAGAGACAGGAAAUCAGAAAUACGAGACCGAGGGCGAGCGACAACAUCAAAGUCCUGGCAAGAUCCUCAGGACAGCAUUGAUACGCCCUUUGCGACUCCUCACUACGCAGCCCAUCGUGCAAAUUCUGGCUUUGUAUAUGGCUAUCGUCUACGGAACUAUGUACCUAACUUUGGCCACUUUCCCAACCCUAUGGACCAGCAAAGCAUACUACGGCGAGUCAUCCGGCAUCGGCGGCCUCAACUACAUCUCCAUGGGCCUAGGCUUCAUGCUAGGCUCCCAAAUCUGCGCCCCACUCAUUGAUCGUAUAUACCGACAUCUAAAGACACGCAACAACAACAUCGGCCGACCAGAAUUCCGAGUCCCACUAAUGGCAGUAGCAGCAUUCUGCAAUCCCGUGGGACUUUUCAUCUACGGCUGGACGGCGGAAAAACGCUGCCACUGGAUCGCACCCAACUUCGGCAUUUGCAUCUUCAGUAUUGGGAAUAUCGUCGCUUUCCAGUGUAUCCAGACUUACAUUGUCGACUCGUAUACGCGAUAUGCGGCGAGUGCACUUGCUGCCGCGACGCUUUUGCGGUCUUUGGCUGGCUUUAGUUUCCCGCUUUUUGCACCUUACAUGUUUGAUACGUUGAAGUAUGGUUGGGGGAAUAGUGUUUUGGCGUUUGUCGCUAUUGGAAUUGGCAUACCGGCGCCUAUUCUGCUUUGGCGGUUUGGGCAGAAGCUGAGAGCGGCGAGUCCGUUUGCUGCAGGGGGCGAUUGA